UCGGUGAGUUUUGUCAUGGUGAUUUAAGGAACCUUGCCCAGAAGUCCCCAGCUUGCAGUUCCCAUCACCGGGAAGGCACGGACUCCAAAAUGAUCAUAAAGGAAUACCGGAUCCCUCUGCCGAUGACUGUGGAGGAGUACCGCAUCGCCCAGCUGUACAUGAUCCAGAAGAAGAGCCGAAACGAGACGUUUGGCGAAGGUAGUGGCGUGGAGAUCCUGGAGAAUCGGCCGUACUCAGAUGGCCCCGGUGGCUCCGGGCAGUACACACACAAGGUGUACCACGUGGGUAUGCACAUCCCCAGCUGGUUCCGCUCCAUCCUGCCCAAGGCGGCCCUGCGGGUGGUGGAGGAGUCCUGGAACGCCUACCCCUACACCCGGACCAGGUUCACAUGCCCUUUCGUGGAGAAAUUCUCCAUCGACAUCGAAACCUUCUAUAAAACCGAUGCUGGAGAAAACUGCAACGUGUUCAGCCUCUCUCCUGUGGAAAGGAACCAGCUGACAAUUGACUUCAUUGACAUCGUCAAGGACCCCGUCCCCCCCAGUGAGUAUAAGACAGAGGAGGACCCCAAGCUGUUCCAUUCCUCCAAGACCCAGCGGGGGCCACUUUCUGACAACUGGAUCGAGGAGCACAAGCAGUACGCCUUCCCGCUCAUGUGCGCCUACAAGCUCUGCAAGGUGGAGUUCCGCUACUGGGGCAUGCAGUCCAAGAUCGAGAGGUUCAUCCACGACACGGGCCUGCGGAGGGUGAUGGUGCGGGCCCACCGGCAGGCCUGGUGCUGGCAGGAUGAGUGGUUUGGCCUCAGCAUGGAGAACAUCCGGGAGCUGGAGAAGGAGGCACAGCUUGUGCUCUCCCGCAAGAUGGCCCAGUUCAGCGAGGACGAGGAGGCCACUGAGCUCUCUCAGGACCAAGCUGUCCAGGACCAGGCCUCCGGGGAGCCCGCCGAGCCCAGCGGCAGCAAUGGGGAGCCCAUGGCCGGGCGCGGCCUGAAGAAGCAGUGGUCCACAUCCUCCAGGUCAUCGAGGUCAUCCAAGCGGGGAGCGAGCCCUUCUCGCCACAGCAUCUCGGAGUGGAGGAUGCAGAGUAUCGCCAGGGACUCAGACGAAAGCUCUGAGGACGAGUUCUUCGAUGCCCACGAGGACUUGUCUGACUCGGAGGACAUGUUCCCCAAGGACAUCAGCAAGUGGAACUCCAAUGAUCUCAUGGACAAAAUCGAAAGCCCGGAGUCAGAGGAUAUACAGGAUGGUCUGUAUCAGCAGAGUGCCCCGGGGUUCAGGGUGGCCUCCAGCGUGGAGCAGCUGAACAUCAUAGAGGACGAGGUCAGCCAGCCACUGGCCGUGCCGCCCUCCAAGAUACACGUGCUGCUGCUGGUGCUGCAUGGGGGCACCAUCCUGGACACAGGUGCUGGGGACCCCAACUCCAAGCAGGGCGACACCAACACCAUCGCCACCGUGUUUGACACGGUCAUGCGUGUGCACUACCCCAGCGCCCUGGGCCGCCUUGCCAUCCGCCUGGUGCCCUGCCCGCCUGUCUGCUCUGACGCCUUCGCCCUCGUCUCCAACCUCAGCCCCUACAGCCACGAUGAAGGCUGUCUGUCCAGCAGCCAGGACCACAUCCCCCUGGCUGCCCUGCCCCUGCUGGCCACCUCUUCACCCCAGUACCAGGAGGCGGUUGCCACGGUGAUCCAGCGGGCUAACCUCGCCUACGGGGACUUCAUCAAGUCCCAGGAAGGCAUGACCUUCAGUGGGCAGGUUUGCCUCAUCGGGGACUGCGUUGGGGGCAUCCUGGCCUUUGAUGCCUUGUGCCACAGCAGCCAGGCUGUGUCUGAGAGCCAGAGCAGCAGCCGCCGGGGCAGCGUGGUCAGCGUGCAGGACACUGACCUGCUGUCCCCGGGCGUCCUGGUGAACACGGCACACUGCUCUGGUGCUGGUGGUGGCAGCGGUGGGGGCGGGGGCUCCAGCCUGGAGAGCAGUCGGCACCUGAGCCGUAGCAACAUCGACAUCCCCCGUAGCAACGGCACCGAGGACCCCAAGAGGCAGCUGCCCCGCAAGAGGAGUGACUCAUCCACCUAUGAGCUAGAUACCAUCCAGCAGCACCAGGCCUUCCUGUCCAGCCUUCACGCCAGUGUGCUGAGGACUGAGCCUGGUGCCCGCCGCUCGAGCAGCUCUGCCGUGCUGGAAGGUGCGGGCGCCCUGGGCAGGUUCGACUUUGAGAUCACCGACCUCUUCUUGUUCGGGUGCCCGCUGGGGCUGGUCCUGGCCUUGAGGAAGACCGUCAUCCCUACCCUGGAUGUGUUCCAGCUGCGGCCCGCCUGCCAGCAAGUUUACAACCUGUUCCAUCCCGCGGACCCGUCGGCCUCCCGCCUGGAGCCGCUGCUGGAGCGCCGCUUCCACGCCCUGCCGCCCUUCAGCAUCCCCCGCUACCAGCGCUACCCGCUGGGGGACGGCUGCUCCACGCUGCUGGUCGAGAGCGUGCAGCGACACCCCGAGCUGGUCCUGGAGGGCGGCCCCUUGGCCCCCCUCCCGCCCGGGGACGGCUUCCUGGAGACCAGUAUCCCUGUGCCCACGCCCUCCUGGCAGGACGGCCCCCGCCAGAGCCCGGGCUGUGCUGAGUCAGACGCUCUCCAGACCCACACCACCGUCUUCCAAGAGAUUGCUGCCCCCUCCUCGCCCGGCAGGGCCCUCCCCAGCCGAGGCUUCCGCCGAGCCAGCGAGAUCAGCAUCGCCAGCCAGGUGUCGGGCAUGGCCGAGAGCUACACGGCCUCCAGCAUCGCCCAGAUUGCAGCCAAGUGGUGGGGCCAGAAACGCAUUGACUACGCCCUGUACUGCCCAGAUGCGCUAACGGCCUUCCCCACGGUGGCCCUACCCCACCUCUUCCACGCCAGCUACUGGGAGUCCACCGACGUGGUCUCCUUCCUGCUGAGACAGGUCAUGCGGCACGACAGCUCCAGCGUCUUGGAGCUGGAUGGCAAGGAGGUUUCGGUGUUCACCCCCUCCAAGCCGCGGGAGAAGUGGCAGCGCAAGAGGACCCAUGUGAAGCUGCGGAACGUAACAGCCAAUCACCGGAUCAAUGAUGCAGUGGCCAAUGAGGACGGCCCGCAGGUCCUGACCGGCCGGUUCAUGUACGGGCCCCUGGACAUGGUCACCCUGACUGGGGAGAAGGUGGAUGUACACAUCAUGACACAGCCACCUUCGGGCGAGUGGCUGUACCUGGACACGCUGGUGACCAACAACAGUGGGCGUGUCUCCUACACUCUCCCUGAGACUCACCGCCUGGGUGUGGGUGUCUACCCCAUCAAGAUGGUGGUCAGGGGGGACCACACAUUUGCCGACAGCUACAUCACCGUGCUACCUAAGGGCACGGAGUUCGUGGUCUUCAGCAUUGACGGCUCCUUUGCCGCCAGCGUGUCCAUCAUGGGCAGUGACCCCAAGGUGCGAGCCGGGGCUGUGGACGUGGUACGGCACUGGCAGGACCUGGGCUACCUCAUCAUCUAUGUGACUGGCCGGCCAGACAUGCAGAAGCAAAGGGUGGUAGCCUGGCUGGCCCAGCACAACUUCCCCCACGGAGUGGUGUCCUUCUGUGACGGCCUGGUGCAUGACCCACUUCGGCACAAAGCCAACUUCCUGAAGCUGCUCAUCUCGGAGCUGCAUCUGCGCGUGCAUGCAGCCUACGGCUCCACCAAGGACGUGGCCGUCUACAGCGCCAUCAGCCUGUCCCCCAUGCAAAUCUACAUAGUGGGGCGCCCCACCAAGAAGCUGCAACACCAGUGCCAGUUCAUCACGGAUGGCUACGCGGCCCACCUGGCGCAGCUCAAGUACAACCACCGGGCGCGGCCGGCCCGCAACGCGGCCACGCGCAUGGCGCUCCGCAAGGGCAGCUUCGGCCUGCCGGGCCCGGGGGACUUCCUGCGUUCCCGGAACCACCUGCUCCGCACCAUCUCGGCGCAGCCGGGCGGGGCUGGUCUCCGGCACGAGCGGACGCAGAGCCAGGCGGACGGCGAGCGCGAGCAGCGCGGACAGCGCAGCAUGAGCGUGGCCGCCGGCUGCUGGGGCCGCGGCCCGGCGCCGCCCAGCCAGGAGGCCCAGCUGGGCGCACGGCACUCGCUGGAGAAGGCAGCCUGGGGGCCUGUCCUGGCCCCGGGGACGCUGGCCGCGCGCCCACGGGCCUCCCCGCCAUGCGCCGACCUCACUGGUUUCGCACUGACUUGGGCGCGCGGAGAGCCGGGCGUCUCCCAGGGCGCAGACGCAUGGAUGUGCAUGAACCGCAGAGUUGGUGAUGCAGGCCUGGGCCCUGGGAGGCUGCAGGGCGCAGGGCGCGGCGCAGCAGGCAGCAGGCCCGGUCCUGGGUUCCGCAGCCCGUCGUCAGACCGCCCGCAGGCCCGCAAGGGCCGGAGCCCGAGCGCCCGCCGUCCCAGCGCCCGCCGUCCGCCAAGGCCCCACGCCCGACGCUGCCUGCGUUUCUAA